AUGGAAAUGAGAGGAAGUUCAAUGAAUGACCUUUAAAUCUUACUUCUCAUGCUCCUUUUCUUUGUUAUGUCGUUGGAAUUUUGUGUUUUUAGUGGAUUUAGUUUAGGUUGUUUUAUUUUGAAGGAGUCAAUAGGAAGAAUCUAUUUCGAGCUGACGUCACUCAUGGCGGUGUGCUUGGCUCGAUGAAGGGGCGUGGUCUCGAGGGGCGGGGUUUUGUUGCGCUGCAGCGGCUCUGGCUCAGUGUUCUGGGAGCUCCAGAGGCAGCAGCGGGUUUUGGGGAGACUCUGCUGGAUCUCCGAACCGCUGGCCCGAACAGGUCCGGAUCCUCACAUCCAUGUGGACCCGAAUCCCGCCGCUGGACCGCUGAACCACCCUUUUUCAUUGCAACUCCGGGGUGUCUGGAUCUCUGUGCCCGCCGCCCACGCUUCGUUCCCGCAGGUGCGGGUCAGCGGGUGCUUUUGCGUGAUGCCUGCCGGGUCAUUCGGAACCUGAUGCCGCAGAGAGCCCCCGUCGCCGCAGAGGAGAUGCCGCUCAGCAGCGCCUGCAGGCGGGACAGUCACAGGGCGGACGCGGCGGAGCGGCUGCGCUCCGUGCGGGAGCGGCUGGACGCGGUGGUGUUUGGGCUCAGCGAGCUGGAGAGCAUGCGGCAGCGGCAGCAGGUGCUCAUCCGAACCGCUCUGGAGAAGCCCGGGGAUCGGGAGGCCCAGCUGAGUCCCGAGGAGAACAUCCUGGUGCUCAGGAGGCAGCUGAGCCUUUUGAGGAGGGGGGAAGCGGUCCUAAUGGGUCCACUUCAGGAGCUGGACUUACACAUCAACCAGCUGCGGCUGGAUGGACAGACACCAAGUGACCAGGUGGACGUGGACAGCCGACCGAGCUCAGGGUUCUACGAGCUUAGUGACGGAACGUCUGGGUCGCUCUCCACAUCUUCUCAUUCUGUCUUUAGUGAAUGUUUGUACUCAAUGACUGACACUGACGGAGCCCCCACAUCCACGGAUGCAUCCCGAGAGGAGCUGGCUGACUGUGAGGAAUUUGUCCAAGGACUUUCCGAUGCCUCAUCCUCUUCAGGUGUGGUUUGUCCCUCGAUCUCAUCUGCUCACCUGCCCCCACCUGAAGCUGCAUCUUCAGAGGUUUCCACCAAUUCCUGCUCUGACCCGCCGGCUCCAAAUAGCAACCUCAUUUUUCGCUAUCCAAGUCCGCUGCGCACCAACGCCACUCAGAGCCCCGCCUUCUUGCAAUGUGGAGGUCGAGGCAGGGAUGAAAAUGGUGCUGAUGGUCUCAAAGCAGAAAUGUACCCGGCUUUUAAGAGCUCCUCUUUGAAGCACCUGGAUGGCUACAUCUACAGUCUGCUGCAGCGAAGGACCCAGCCCAUUAGGACCAGCAGACCCAGGACCAGUAUCAGCACUGACCCUACAAAAAGUGUCCUUAGACAGUCUAGUUUUUGUGCCAAACAGGUUUCUGGUUUUGAAGUUCUGAAAGGUUCUGAGGAGAAACCUAGCAGAUCAGCAGAGGGAAUUUCCAGGUCAUCUCCUCCAAAGAGCCAAAGUGAGGAGCAGGAUGAUGGGAACACAACAAACAAGAACAACUGCAGAUCUUCUGCAAGCCCUCGAAUCCAUAUCUUUAAAACGACUAAUAGUCUUAAGACCAAGCGGUCUAAAGGAUCCCUUUCUCACUCAGGUCUUCUCAAUGGCUCUAAAGAACUAGGAGGUUCUCCACUAAACUCCUCCCUGGCAGGAGAAAUUCAGCCAUUUCGGUCCACCGACCAGGACCUGCUUCUACGAUCUCCUCCAAGUGUAAAGACAAAGUCUGGUUCUAUCAAGAACCUUUCCAAGUCUGUCAAAAAGAGCCGAAAAAAGGAUGCUGAAGGGCCCGUGCCAGAACGAUCUUUCAUUAUGGAGUCCACUCCAACCUCAAAACAAGGACCAAAGGAAGGAGGGAAGCGUCACAAGGUUUUUAGCAUCUCGUCCCAUCACCUUAGUGCCAAACUCUGCAAGGUUGGUAGUAAGAAUGUUAAGUCUGCUAAAGUGAAGACUUCUCUGAUGUCUGAGACCUCUGUGCUCCAGUCAGAGAGAAGACAAGAAAAGUCCCGGCACAGGUCCAGCUCCGGGAGGUUGCAGUGCCUGGGAGAUGGAAGCACCGCCCACACCGAAGCGCAAAGCAAAUCUGUUUUGGCGUCGUCGCUAGAGGACCAAGAUAAACACACCCCAUUGGCACCAUUCAGAACACAAGAAGCCGUGUUGAGUCACCGUCACCGUGGGAACCGUCACCGCAGAAGCCGCCAGGUCCACGACCAGGUCAAUGUCGUUGGAAAGCCAAAACACAAUCGACCCAACUAUCGGCGGCUGCAUUCUGGCAGUGAGAACCAUCACUGCACGGCCAAGAGGCAUGGCGGGCAACUGCAGAGGGAGGAGGGGCAGAGCACCAGCAAGUGCCCCGCCCACCAAAGUGGCCCGUGCUCCCGCGCCGCAGAGAGCGACUCGGAGUACUCAGCUGAGUGUUUGUCGCUCUUUCAUUCCACCAUUGCGGACACCAGCGAGGACGAGAACUCUGACUACACCGCCAACCGUUUCGGAGACAGCGAGUGCAGCUGCGGCGAGGCGGAAGAGAGCACCACUGACACAGAGGAGGGGGCAGGGGCUUUGGGCGGGAGAAGCAGGAGGUUGGUGCAUUUUGAGGCAGCUGGGGUGGGUGGGCAAGCACCGAUGAAGACCCUCGUGAGGGUCAAGGCUUCCUAUAAGCUGAAGAAGAAGAUCCUCAGGUUCCGAUCGGGUUCUCUCAAACUGAUGACCACCAUGUGACUGAUGACCAGAACGUGUUGGAUCUGGGACUUUGAUCACAUUACCCAGACCUUCUGAUGGACCUCAGAACACGUCGGAAUAAGGACUUAAAUUUGACACAACUGUUUUUUUAUUCCUCCACACCACACGGGGGCGCUGCAGCGACCGUCAGACAAUAGUUUGUUCCUGCAUUUUCCAGUUUUUAAUCUGAUCUCAGUGCCAUCUUAUCCCUCCUUCUUUGAGAAGUUCUUGAUUGUCUUUUUACUCAUAAUCUUUGUUCAGCAGUCCAACCCCAAAGAUCUCCAUUUACUGGAUGAAUCACUGGCUAUGUCCGAAUUCCCACACUAACACCUAACUACUAAAAAACUAUAUAGUGCGGCACUAUGUAGUGUGGAUAUGACGUCAUCGAUUUCACAAAGUUAAAAUCGAAUCAAUAUGAGCUUUUUCUGACAAUUAUUUAUGAGUCCACUUUCUUCUGAAGAUAAAAACGUUGAUGGUUUAUUUUAAAAAAAUGCAUUUAAAUCCAUUUUUGGGCAACAAAUUGUUCUGACGCAAUGCAUUGUAGUCUAUAUUUGCUGAUCCUAGUGAGCAUCGAUGGACACUGGUUUUUCGCAGAGACUUCUGGGAAAUUUCUAGGGCACUGGAUUUUGGAAUUGUAGAUUCGGACAGCACUAAAAAAUGGCAAAAGCACUAUAUAGUGCAUUAUAUAGUGAGUAGGGAAGAAAUUCGGACACAACCACUGACUUUCCUGCUCAGUCUGAAGUAGGAACCAUGAACGGUUCCCACAGCUGAAUGGAAUCUGUGUAAAAAAGAAAAGUUUAAAGAAUGUUGAAGAGACGUGUUUGAACUCGUCGGCUUCUGUUUUUGAGCAGAAAGCUGCAGAAAUCUGCUGAAGUUCUUCUGCCUCUUCUUUGAAGAAUGUUACCCCGAAUGUUCCCAUCUGAUUGGAUUCACCUGAAGGGACACUUCUUGUAUCCGUGGAUCCAUUGCAUAAAGCCAUAAGACCCUCACAUGCUGCCUUCUCAUUUAGCUCCUCUGGAUCCGUCUGACCCUCCCGUAGACCUUCUCAUAUCUCUGCAGACUGUUACAGAUGUGUGUGAUAUUCUCAAGUAUGUGACUCUAAUAAUUCUUCAUUUAAUGUGGUAUAUGUGAUCCACUUUACACCUUCAA